AUGUUGUCAUCAGUUCCACAGAGAAAGACUCGGUGGAAAUCAAAGAAGACAGUAAAAGUCACAAGAUCUUUUCCAACCUUCCCUUCCCUGAAUGCCUGGGAAGAAGUCAGGGGCCUCUUGCCUGUGGAUGGGGAGCCAAACCCUGGAGUUGGCCUGGGUGUGGAGGAGGGACUGCUCUGCCAGAUGCUUCAUUCUCCAGAAUUCAACCUAUUUCCUGACUCAGUGGUGUUUGAAAGCAACUUUGUCCAGGUCAGAAAGGGCAGGAACUGGAUAGACAUCUACAAAGCCUCCAACACCAUGGCCCUUGGGGUAACCUCCUCCGUGCCCUGCCUGCCCCUUCCCAAUAUCCUCCUCAUGGCUAGUGUCAAAUGGCACCAGGGACAGAGCCAGACAUGGAACAGACCAUCUAUGGCCCCAAACAUCAGGCUGAAGAGGAUCCUCCCAUUGAAGUUUGUGGAGUUCCAGGUCUGUGACCGGCUUCAGCGCAUCCUGCGUUUGAGGACAGUCACCGAGAAGAUCUACUACCUAAGGCUCCACCCUGACCAUCCUGAGACUGUCUUCCACUUCUGGAUCCGACUGGUUCAAAUUCUGCAUAAGGGCCUGUCCAUCACCACCAAGGACCCUAGGAUUCUUGUCACUCACUGUCUGGUACCCAAGAACAGCUGCAGCCCCUCGGGAGACUCUAACGUAAUAGAGAAGAAACCCCAAGCCUCCCAGCCCAGCGAGAGCCUCAUGCAGCUGAUGGCCAAGGGGGAGAGUGAGGCGCUCUCUCAGAUUUUUGCCGACCUGCGCCAGCACAAUGAGUUCAGUUCCAGGAGCAGCAAAAAGACACAGACCAAAAGGGACAGCUCAGGCAAGAAAGAUACUCACAGUGAAGACGGCAUCCCUUGCACCCGCGACCUCAGUUGGAGAGAUUCGCUCACUUAUGGAGAGUGGGAAAGAGAGAACCCCUCUGGGCCACAGCCCCUUUCACUCCUCAGCACCCUGGCAGCCUCCACGGGGCCACAGCUGGCCCCACUCAUAUAG